CGAGCCGAUCCGCGUGGCUCGCUCCCGCAUGCCCAUGGCGGCUGACGUCUUUGGCGCGCCGCUUCGCUCUUCGGUCGCCGCUGGCGGCACCCUACCUCCUGCUGAAGGUGACCUACCAGAACUGGCAGCGGCACCGGCGGCAGCGGACCACAACAUGGACUACCACGACAGCGACGUCCUGGUGGAAGAUGGCUUCAACUACGACUUCGACGAAGAGGACGAGUUGGUGCAGCUCUAUGCCACCGGACCCCGUGGUGGACGCAGACUGGGUCGCAACGGCCCUAGGACGGAAGAGGCGCUGGCACCGCCUCCUGGCGAUGCAGGACGCCGGAAUCCGACUUCUCCGGCAUCCGACGGACGCAAGAGUCCGGCCUCGCACCACUCCGUCGCUGAGAAGAGUCCCGCUUCACCCUCAUCGAGGACUUCGGCAUCAGAGGACGCCGCAGGACGGCAUCGACCUCGUGGAAACUUGCCACAAGCACCUAGCUUCGAUGGCAACAUCAAGAAGAACCCCAAGGCCUUCAAGCAGUGGCUGCAGAAGAUCGACAGCUACAUCGAGAUCGCCAAGCACAUCAUCGGGCCCGAGGAGAUCGGACUUCGAUUGCAUGCUGCCUUGGAGGGCGAUGCAGCCGCCUACCUGGAAGGCAUUCCGGCCAAGACCUUCGGCGUGACCGACGGCUGGAAGGUUCUCGUGCAGGUGCUCAAGGACAAGUUCGCCGAGAAGCGGAUGCACCUCAUCGGAGGUGCCAUGAAGUCCUUCUUCCAGCUCCAGGUGGACCGCAACUCCACGCUCACCGAGGUUGCGGACCAGAUGGAUCGAGCAGCGCGGCUUUGCGCUGAAUCAGAUCUCACCCUGCCGGAUGAGAUCAUGGUGUACUUCUUCUUCGAGCACUCUGGCUGCUCGUUUGAGAGAAGGGCGAACAUCCUCCUGAGGACAGGAGGAGAAUACAACUGGAAGAAGGUGAAGCAGGCGGUGGAACUCCUCUACCCGCAGACGAUGGUUUCCGCUCCUCGCCGGAACUUCGACCACUCGAAGGGCGCGGGCAAGCGGCAAGCACACGAAGCUCAGGGACAAGGAGAUGACGCCCAAUACGCAACCUCCUCAACCGACCUCGCAUCGAUGGACUUGGAGGAUUGGUUGUACUAUGAGGACCCCAUCGAGCGCCUUGCCGACUAUGACACCCCGGAAUGGAUGCCCGAAGGACUUGCCCGAGAACUUCAUGAAGUCUUUGCCACUCACCGUGAGAACCGUGCCAAACUGGCCAAAGCGGUGAAGGCCAAUGAGACCGUCACCAUCGACCUUGCCGACGAUGAGAACCCGGAGAACGAUGACCUCUACUACGACGAUGUUUGGAUGGAAUGGCAGGAUUGGGAGCAAGAUGCCAAUGAGGCCUGGACUACACACAGUGGCGCAGCAGACCAAAGCAGCACCGCCUAUGCGGCCCAGGCCAAGAAGGAGCAGAAGUCCGAGCACUACCCCGAGCUCACCAAGCCAGAGGCCGAGGAAGUCAUCCAUGGAGUGAACCGCAUCAAGAAGAAGUUCCACUCCAAGGACUCGCCGACCGAGACGGUGACACCUCCUUCGAAGAAGCCAAUGGAUGUCUUCACCGCCUCAGCUCUCAUCCAACAUCGGGUUGAGGCCAAGAAGGAAAAGGAGAAAGCUUCAGCUCACACGGCCACAGCUCCAGAAGCCGUGCGAGAGGAAGCCGAGGCCACCUUUGACCUCGACGAGAUGCGUGUGGUCAUGGCGGUCACACGCCAAGGACCAAGCUUGCAGGAACUCCAACGACCUCACCUUGGCCACGACGAUCAUGGACAACUCCUUGGAGUACCCCGCAGCGUGCUGGCGAACACUCGGCUCGCCCCGAGUGUGCGGGAUGGCGUGGCGUAUCUAACCAUCGAUACUGCUUGUGAGAACACCGUUGGAGGCCGUGGACAUCUGGACUAUGCCAUGGAGAUCCUCCGGAAGAAGCGCAACGUCAAGGCCCUCAUCACGCCUGAAGAGGAGUCAUACAGGUUUGGCCCUGGCGAAGCACGGAUCUCCCACCAGAGGUUCCACAUUCCCAUCGGGAUCGGCGGAGUGGCCAUGAUCAUCAAGACCUCCAGCCUGGAGGACCGACAUCCCGAGCAGAACCGCAUCCCCUGGUUGGCUGGCCAAGAUUGGCUUCGCUUCAUGGAAGCAGUGGUGGCCGUUGCCGGCCAGAAGCUGAUCCUGAAGGCAGUUGGCGCUCAGGCCGACCUUUUCAUCGACGUCACAGGCCACCUUGUGGUAGCCGUGGACGAUUUCCCUCCUGACGGAUGGCCUCAAGGAAAGGUCAAGACCCGUGAUCACUACGCGGGAGCCCUUUGGAUGUCAGGAAAAGCCUAUACGGCGACCGCUGUCCGGCCUGAGCAGUGCACCCACAUCUACAAUCCUGAGGAUGACCCCAUGAACUCUACGGGAGCUACAUCAAGGACACCCUGUUUGGUCCCUGGUGAUGUUUGGGAGUACUCUUUGGAGCAUCCACUUCUAUAUGUACGACAUCAUCGCACUCCCAGGACAACCAGAUUUCAUCCUCAGGAAGUCGUAGAUGGCCCUGAUCCCAAAGAACUUCAACCACUUCGGGUCACCUACAAAGAUGGUUAUGGGGAACCCUCAAUCGAUGUUUGGGAUGAUCAUGUUCAUGAAGAGCCUUGGACCGGCAUCACCAUCCUCGUCGGCUUUGGUUGCGACCCCUCCGUGUCGUUCGACUCCGUUCGUGCACCAGCCGAUCACAUUGGGGUCGAGGCGAACAUCGAAGGUUCCAAAGGUCAAUGGACACUUCAGUCAAGCCUCCGGACCUGCCUCUCAAUCGACAUGAUCAAGUGUUUCAGCCAUCCAUCAAUGAGUUCCCGAAUCGAAGCAAUUCGGAUUCAAGCAGCCUGCAAGCUCGCCAUGCCCACCGAGAAGAAGGAGAGAUCCCUUCGGCGAUGGCGGCAGCUCGUGGACCAGCUCAUGAAGGCGCUGGCGGCAAUGGUGCAUUGGGUCAAUACCACCAAAGUGGUUCGAGAGCUCAAGUACCGCUCACCAGCCCUCAUGGCCUACAUGGAGGCGAUCUUGCAGAAGGAGACUAUCCAGGCUCAGGACCUCCCACCGGCACUUCCGCCGGCAUCGACACGCGCCAAGGGCCAGACACCACUUCCACUGGCGAUGGCCUACGAGAUGGAGCCGAAGAACUGCCCUCAUCUAGUCGAACAUGGCCGCAGGUAUGGCAACGCGCAUGGCAAGUUCUUGGAAUGCAUAACCUGCGGCAGCGUGUGGAAGGGUCUGGACUAUCAGGUGCCGAUCACCGCGGAGACGGUCACAACGUACAAGGUGUACGUGGGCAUCAGAGAUCGUCCAGGUCUCUUCUACAAAAUCCUCUGCAUACUCCUCUUCCUCAUAUCCAACAUCUAUGGAAGCAGCCUACGGGACUACACCGGCUCCGACUCCAUCGACGACCUAUCGCAACAAGGCCGACAAGAAGCCGGUCGUCAAGAAGAAGGCGGAGACGUUUUCGCUGGACAGCGAGGACGACAUGAGCGUCAUGGAGAUCCACAGCACCAGCUCCCUCACUUCCAGAAAGAGUUUCGAUGGCUGAGCUCAGAGACGCCUGACGCACCUCGCGUCAAGCUCAAGCCUGGUCAGAGGAAGAGAAUGCAGAGCAUGGCUCGCGAUGCUUUGGCUACAUCGAAGCUCCACAAGAAGAUCAUCCAGGAGCGCUUCACGCGAGGCAGGUGGCCCCGCAAGCACUUCCGCUUCGACCUCAUCGAGAUCUUUGGCGGCUCCAGCAUGAUCACCGUCCGUGGUGUGACCUUGUGGAGGAUGAAGGCAUUGCAGCCUGUAGACAUCCGCUACGGCAUUGACCUCCGGCAGCGCAAGAUGAGGCGCUGGCUUUUGGACUUGCUCAAACGCGCCAACCCACGCUUGGCCCUGGUCGAGUAUCCAUGUACUCCGUGGUCGAUCUUGCAGUCCAACGUCAACUAUAAGGACGACCCUGAGGCCCUCGAAGCUUUGCAGAACCAGGACAAGCCGUUCCUGAAGCUCACGGAGAAUGUCUUCGAGUCCCAGGUCUCCAGAGGAGCGCAUGCUGUAGCAGAGAACCCAGCGACUGCAUCUUCGUGGCAACAACCGGAGAUCGUACGCCUUCGCAAGAAGUUCUUUGAGACCACCUCAUGUCUAUGCAUGUACGGCCUGAUCGGCAAGAGAGGUGGCUUGAUGCAGAAGAGGGUGCGCUUCCUGGCUACACACCCCUACUUCGUGGAAGAGCUUCAGGCAGAGUGCGAUCAUAGCCACGCUCAUGAAGAAGUUGCUGGAUCCAACGCCAAGCUGUCACAAUGCUACCCACCAGCUUUAGCAGACGCCAUUUGUCGCGCCUACUGGCGGGUGGUCGAGCUUGAGGAUUUCGGGACGCUCACCUUCAACGAUGCCGAGAACUCCACUGGCAUCUGGUUCGUGGACGCCAACAAGGAGGAAGACAAGUGGCGCCCACUCCUUGCAGAAGCUGAAGAAGUCUUGGCCAGAAAAGUUCAAGGCAGUGUCUUCGUGGCGCCCGACUCCGAGCUCUACAAGAAGAUUUGUGACUUGGUGCCCUGGCAGGUGAUGAACAUCCAGUUGGCACACCUGCCCAAAGCAAAACGUGUGCGACCUGGCCUUGAAGACUGCCAUAGAUGCUCAGUCCUCCUGUUGAACGAUGAUACCCUCACCAUCGAGACUGAGUACCUGAAGACAGCCCAGGCGCCACGGGAGAGAUUUGUCACCCCGGUGCGGGUGGCGAUUUUCGUGUUGGGAUACGCACCUGGCGAUCCCGCAGAGCCUCGGCCAGAACCGGAACCUCCAAAGCAGUUCGUGGCCAUAGAGGACUCCAAAGACCACUACAUCGUGCCGUAUGACGACCAGGCAUUGGUGGAGAUCCCUGAGAAGACGCUGCUGAAGCAGUCCUAUGGGGAGCAUUGGUUCGUUGGGCCACCACUCAAUGCCAAACAGAAGAAGCUGGCACCGACCGUGGUCAAAUUGCAUAAGAACUUGGGCCAUCCUUCUUAG